AUGUCUGAUGAGCUUGACCCCGAUAAUGUCCUCGGGGCUUCUGCUGAUACCCAAAGUAAGGACAUCGAUGAAACUAACCAAGAUCUCUUGGGUCCUAAGAAAUCUACUUCCACGAGGAGAAAGUUGUAUGUUUUAAACGAGGAUGUUCUACUAUCCAGUAAAGGUUAUCCCGACUUGUUAAGACAGUGUCAGAAUUUCAAGUUCAAGAAGAGAAAACCCUACAAAGAAUUUACCAGAUCCUAUCAUAUGGAAAACAUGGAAAAGCUACUACAAAUGUACCAAUUAUGGGGCCAUCAAGUUUAUCCCAGAGCAAACUUCAACGAUUUUACCAAAGUAUGUGCAAGAGCCUCAAACAGACCAAGAGUGAAAAGGUGGAGAGUUCAAACGACAAAAGAUGAAAUCAAUAGAAAGUUCUACAAUGAAACUGGUCAAUUUGAUGAUAUACUGGUGGAAAAUGGUGAGAAAGAUGAACUACCAGUCAGAGAGUCUACACCAGGGGAAACUACAGUGUUUUCUAAUACAGAACCACAGGACAGUACACUAAAUACCCACCUUUUUGUUGAUGACGAUGACGACGACAUUUAUACAACAAUGCCAUCCAAUUCUACGUCUACGUCUGCAUCAAAGGACCCUACUCACGAAGAAAUGCUAGACAUCGACGAACCCACAGUCCAGAACCAGGAACUGGAUUUCCAGGACGAAUUAGAAGCCAUGAGAGAAAUGGGAAUGUAA